AUGGCCCAGUAUGCUAAGAGGAUCGGCCUGGGCGUAGCUGGCCUCGUGUGUACAUACUCCUUGGAUCUCAACCCUCCAGUCCCAACCAGGGCUAUGCAAAUAGGCCACAACGAGGGCCAUGCAGUGCGCUCCGGGAAGCGGUGGACUGGUACGAACGACCCAGGUACCGCCAUCGAGGUGUACGACACUCAGUGGGACGCAGAGGUACCUCCUGGCAUGUGGUGA